CAUUUUGCUGCGCUUGGCUUGGGGGGGCUGGUCCUCUGGUCUAGGCAGAGCCGAGCCCCAGCGCUGGGAGCGUGGGGGGUGCGGACUCUCCGCGGGGCGCUGUGGGGUCGGGCGGGGGCUCUUACUGCUAUUCUAUAGACUAAGGGAGUUGGUUUUUUAGAAACAAUCCGAUGGAAAAAUCCAAAAAUUUCCGGAUCGAUGCUCUCCUAGCAGUCGACCCUCCCAAAGCAGCCGCCGCCUCCGCACAGACCUCACCGCUGGCCUUGGUCACCUCCCUCGCCAACACAUCUGGCCACAGCAGCAGCAGUAACAGCAGCAGCUGCAGCCCCCCGUCCUCCUCCGAGCGCCAUAGCGGCGGCUCCUCGGACUGCCUGCGGACUGAGAGCCCUUCGCCGCCGCGGAUCCUCGCCGCGCAUUGCGGGCUGGUGCCCAAGCCCGGGUUCCUGACCAGCACCAGCAGCGCCAGCAGCCAUCACCACCACCAUCACUCCGCCGGGGGCAUGGCCCUGGGACUGCACCAGGGGGGAGCGGGCAUCCCCACGCAGGCCGCCCUCUACGGGCACCCCAUGUACAGCUAUUCGGCAGCCGCUCUGGCCGGGCAGCACCCCGCUUUGUCCUACUCCUACUCCCAGGUGCAAGGGGCUCACCCUUCUCACCCUGCCGCAGACCCCAUCAAACUCAGUGCCGGGACUUUUCAGCUGGAUCAGUGGUUACGAGCAUCCACAGCGGGCAUGAUCCUCCCCAAAAUGCCGGACUUUAACUCCCAGGCGCAGUCCAACCUGCUGGGGAAGUGCCGGCGGCCCCGCACCGCCUUCACCAGCCAGCAGCUGCUGGAGCUGGAGCAUCAGUUCAAGCUGAACAAAUACCUCUCCAGGCCCAAGCGCUUCGAGGUGGCCACGUCUCUCAUGCUCACCGAGACCCAGGUGAAGAUCUGGUUCCAGAACCGGCGCAUGAAGUGGAAGCGGAGUAAAAAGGCCAAGGAGCAGGCGGCGCAGGAGGCCGAGAAGCAGAAGAGCGGGCUGGGCGGCGAGGACAAGGCGGACGCGGAGCUGCUGCUGCCGGCCCCGGAGAAGAGCAGCGGCCGCCGGCUGCGGGAGCUCAGGGACAGCGACCCCGAGGAGGAGGAAGCCGGGCACUGCUGCCCCUACAACUCCUCCGACUGCUCCGAGGGUGACGAGGAGGAGACACAGCCCCGCAGCAGGCAGCCGCCCCCCGGCCAGCCCCAGUGAGCCGGCAGGGGGCUCCCCUUCUCCCUGCUGCUGCUGCUAUCCGGUCCCAGACCUUUUAGCCAUACUCCAGCCUGCCCACCCCCACCCAGCCACCUUCCAGAAAACCCCCUCUGCCCACCCCCACCCCGCCACCUUCCAGAAACCCCCCUCUGCCCAC